CGAGUGCAUCCAUCACCGACUCUGCCCGCUGCUGGCAUCCUCCGCUUGAGUUCCUAAAGUAAGCCACGUUCCCUCGUUCGAUCAGUUCUCAAGCGAUCAUGGCAGCCUCCACAGCCGCAGCCACCCAGUUCAAGGUCGCCGCUCUCGGUGGCCUCGUCAGUAGGCAGGAGCAAUGCGCUGCUCGCGUGGCGCUCGCUCCGUUGAGCGUCAAGACGCUCACCGCCACCGUGCAGGCUCAGCCAGUGGAGAGGGCUCAAGCCGUCGUCGCCCGCGCUCAGGCAUCUUCAGCAGAUGUUGCUAAGAAGCAGUCCGAUGCUGCCUCGACGACGGCCACGACGUACCACUUCAUCGUGGCGAACGCCAAGUUCAUGCUGGACGAAGAGGAGCACUUCCAGGAGCAGCUCAAGGAGCGACUCAGGUGGCUGCACGAGCAGGGCCACCCCCAAGACUUCUGGCUCGUGUACGAGCCCGAGUUCCUCGCGAGCUUCCCCGAGAUCAAGAAGCGAGUGAACGGGCCUGCAGUGGCUCUUGUCACCACCGAUGCUCUCUGGAUGACAUUCAUGAAGCUGCGACUGGACCGUGUCCUCCGGGGCGAGUUCGAGUGCGACUCCCAGGAGGAAGCUUUGAAAUCGCUCCCCAUUGAGAACAACUUCGGCAAGCCAGCCAAGUGGGAUGCUCCUUACCCCAAGUAUGAGUCGAGCUGGUGGACACCCUACGCUGCUCCCUCGGUUUCUGGGAGGUCUUGAAGCACUGAACAAAUAAUAUUGUACACCUAUGCAUGGCUUCCAAACAUGGACUGCCUGGGCAACUUGAGAUGUUGCACGUGCGCAGUUCUUUGUUGCUGAGCUUUCAGCAGCUGAAGUCCACGUCACAAGCUGUGGCAGGGUUGCUGCCAACAUGCUUAUCCCCUUGUAGCCAUGCAGGCUCGAGGAUCAUCCAGCUGGUGCCUUACUCUGUAUUUCUUUUCAGCUGCAUAUAAUGCAAAUGCCUUUUCAA